AUGACGUUGCCAUGGAAACAGCUUCUACUGUUAUCAAUCAUUGACUGUCUGGCAGAUUGUCUGGACAGUGGAUCAUACCAUGGUCCAAGAUGGCGGAUGGAGCCAGGUGACUUGUUCAUUCCUGUCGACUCCAUAGAAGAAGAAGCUACUCUGACCUGUGAUGCUAAAGGAAUACCACCUCCUCAGUACAGAUGGUCAUUGAAUGGGACUCUCAUAAAUCUGGGCCUGGAUCGCCGGCGGCGUCUGUCUGGGGGCAACCUCAUUAUAAGCAGUCUGGACCGCUACCAGGAUGUGGGGAUGUACCAGUGUAUGGCGUACAACACUGUAGGAGCUAUCCUCAGCAGGAGGGCAAGUCUGCAGUUUGCCUACUUAGAUCAUUUCAAAGUCCACACCAGAAGCGCAGUGUCAGUCCGAGAGGGACAAGGAGUGGUGCUGCUUUGUGGGACGCCCACUUCCUCAGGAGACCUUACGUAUGCAUGGGUCUUCAAUGAGUACCCGUACUUUGUUCAACAAGACAAUCGGCGUUUCGUCUCCCAGCAGACAGGAAACCUUUACAUUGCCAAGGUGGAGCCCUCUGACGUGGGUAACUACACUUGCGUAGUGAUGAACAGCAUCACGAAGGGCAAAGUUCAUAGCUCACCCACGUCUCUGAUCCUCAGGACAGAUGGAGUGAUGGGAGAAUACGAGCCGAAAAUAGAAGUUAAUUUCCCAGACAAUGUACCCGCUGCAAAAGGAUCAACAGUUACGCUGGAGUGUUUCGCCCUUGGGAACCCAGUCCCAGAGAUCACCUGGAAGAGGGCUAACGGCGUCCCCUUCCCCAGCAAAGUCAAAAUGAAGUACUCGAAUGCCGUGCUGGAGAUCCCCAGCUUCCAGCAGGAUGAUACAGGCGGAUACGAAUGCGUGGCUGAGAACAAGAUGGGCAAGAACACAGCCACUGGUCGUCUGGCCUUCUAUGCCAAGCCUCAGUGGAUUCAGGCCAUGAAGGACACGGCCCUGGCCAUAGAGGAGAGACUGUACUGGGAGUGCCGGGCCAAUGGAAAGCCGAAACCCUCUUACACGUGGCUGAAAAAUGGCCAGCAGCUACUCUCAGAGGACAGAAUCCAUGUGGAGGAUGGAGUCCUGUCAGUGUCAGCGCUGACACUAUCUGACGCCGGCAUGUACCAGUGUGUGGCUGAGAAUAAACACGGCGUCAUAUAUUUUGCUGCUGAACUAAUGGUUUUAGCCUCUCCCCCAGACUUCACAGGGAAUGUCCUCAGAGCUUUGCUCAAAGCCAAGGCAGGAACUACAGUGACUUUAGAGUGUAAACCCCAGGCCUAUCCCAUCGCCAGCAUUUUAUGGAAGAAAGGAAACCUGCCUAUCCACACCAAUGACAGGAUCACACUCUCUCCAGAUGGAACACUGAGGCUCGCCAAUGUGAGCAAAUCUGACGCAGGCAGCUAUACAUGCUUCGCUCGGAAUAGAUUUGGCAUGUCGAGUACAACGGGAAGGCUCCUCGUUACGGAUCCAACCAGAAUCACCCAGGGGCCAGCGGACAUGGAGAUCAUUGUGGGCGAGAGCAUCGUGUUACCCUGUCAGGUCGCCAGUGACCCCGUCCUUGACGUUUCUUUCUCCUGGGCCUUCAACGGACAGCUCAUCGCCAAGGGAGACGGUCACUUUGAGCUAGUGGGUGGGAGAACAGCAGGAGAUCUGAUGAUCAGGAACAUUCAGCUUUACCAUGCUGGCAAAUAUAUCUGUGUGGUGGACACGGACGUUGAGAGCCUGUCAGCCGUGGCUGUAUUGAUUGUGAAAGGCCCCCCCAGCCCUCCAGACUCUGUGACGGUGGAGGAGGUGACAGACAGUACAGCCCAGCUGGCCUGGAGACCCGGCAGAGACAACGGCAGCCCCAUCACCAAUUACCUCAUCCAGACCAGGACUCCCUUCACUGUGGGCUGGCAGAGGGUAAACACAGUCCCUGAGAUAAUCGACGGGAACACGCUGACAGCCACUGUGGUAGACCUCAAUGCCUGGGUGGAGUAUGAGUUUCGGGUUUUGGCCAAAAACAGUGUUGGCGUCGGAGAACCCAGCCCUGUGUCAGUCAAGACCAGGACAGAGGACGCAGUUCCUGAUGCAGCGCCAGGUGAUGUGGGUGGAGGAGGAGGAAGCAGAUCUGAACUGGUCAUCACAUGGGAGCCUGUCCCUGAAGAACUACAGAAUGGUGAGAGCUUUGGUUACAUCAUUGCUUUCCGCGCCUUUGGAGAAGUUAGCUGGACUCACGUGGCCACCUCUGCCCCCGGUGCAUCACGCUACGUAUACCGCAACGACAGCAUCGCGCCCUUCUCUCCGUUUCAUGUCAAGGUGGGCACUUACAACAGCAAAGGACAGGGUCCCUUCAGCCCUGUGGUCACCAUCUACUCUGCAGAGAUAGAGCCAAGUGGGAUGCCAGCGGGAGUUUGGGCCAGAAGUGUCUCAGCCUCUGAGAUUGAGGUGAAUUGGCAGGCUCUCUCCUUCACCCCUGAAAGGGUUCUGGGCUAUGAGGUGGUUUACUGGGAAGAUGACACUAAGCCGGAGACCAUGGGAAAGGUUAGGGUGCCUUGGAACCAGACGUCUGUCACAGUGAGCGGCUUGGCAGGAAACACACAGUAUUUCCUAACGGUCAGUGCUUUCAACACGGCAGGCACCGGCCCCUUCCUCCCUGCAAUAAACGUCACCACAAAAAAGCCACCACCAGCACAACCACCGCUGAAUGUGGAAUGGACCCUAAUUGGCUCUCAGCUGUCUCUUUACUGGGAACCUGUGGUGGCAAUGGAAUCAGAGUCAGAAGUUACAGGCUACCAACUGUCAUACAGGAGACAGAGACACAAAGAGGUAAACACACUCACAACAGCCAAUUCAACGGUAGAGCUGACCCUCACUGAGGAAGAGGACGACUACAUCAUCCACAUUCAGACGCUGAGCGAAGGAGGGCUGGGCCCGGCCUCGGAUCCCAUACGAGUCCACCAGCUAAGUAUGAGUGCCCGCGGCUCAAGAGCCUGGAGUGUGGACAUCUCUCCCCUCUCCCUGCUCCUCGCCAUCACAAUAUCAACAUUCAGGUCAACGUCGUGACACAAGAACAAACUCUGCUUUGUUUUUCAACC